AUGGACACUUCUACCCUUUCCCGUAUCGGCCUCGCCGGCCUCGCCGUCAUGGGCCAAAACCUAGCCCUAAACAUCGCCGAGAAAGGCUUUCCAAUCUCCGUCUACAACCGCACCACCUCCAAAGUCGAUGAAACCGUAGAUCGAGCCCACCGUGAAGGCUCCCUCCCUCUCACCGGUCAAUACAGCCCCCGCGAGUUUGUGCUAUCUCUCCAACGGCCUAGAUCGGUCAUCAUCCUUGUCAAAGCUGGUGCUCCUGUAGACCAAACAAUCGCCGCACUGUCGGACCAUAUGGAGCCUGGUGAUACUAUCAUCGACGGUGGUAACGAAUGGUACGAAAACACCGAACGGAGGAUUCAGGAAAUUUCCGAGAAAGGUAUUCUUUAUCUCGGUAUGGGGGUUUCUGGAGGUGAAGAAGGUGCGAGGAACGGUCCUUCGCUUAUGCCGGGUGGAUCUUACCAGGCUUACAGUAAUAUUCAGGAUAUUCUUGUGAAGGUUGCUGCUCAGGUUGAAGAUGGACCUUGUGUUACUUAUAUUGGUGAAGGAGGUAGUGGGAAUUUUGUGAAGAUGGUUCAUAAUGGGAUUGAGUAUGGUGAUAUGCAGCUUAUUUCUGAGGCUUAUGAUGUUUUGAAGCAUGUUGGUGGUUUAUCGAAUUCGGAGCUUGCUGAUAUUUUUGCUGAGUGGAAUAGUGGGGAGCUUGAGAGUUUUCUUAUUGAGAUUACUGCUGAUAUUUUCAAGGUGAAGGAUGAAGGUGGUGAUGGGUAUUUAGUGGAUAAGAUUUUGGAUAAGACUGGUAUGAAAGGUACUGGGAAAUGGACGGUGCAACAGGCAGCGGAGUUGUCGGUGGCAGCUCCGACUAUUGCGGCAUCGUUGGAUGGUAGGUUUUUGAGUGGAUUGAAGGAGGAGAGGGAGAAUGCGGCUGCGGUUUUGAAGGAAGCGGGGUUGAGUGAGGAAGUAGGGUUUGUGAGAAGUGGGAUUGAUAAGAAAAAGUUGAUUGAUGAUGUGAGACAAGCUUUGUAUGCUUCCAAGAUUUGUAGCUAUGCGCAAGGGAUGAAUUUGUUGAGAGCAAAGAGUAACGAGAAAGGUUGGAACUUGAAUUUCGGGGAGUUAGCUAGGAUUUGGAAAGGUGGGUGUAUUAUUAGAGCGGUGUUUUUAGAUAGGAUUAAGAAGGCUUAUCAGAGAAACCCUAAUUUGGCGAGUUUGAUAGUUGAUCCCGAAUUUGCUAAGGAAAUGGUGCAGAGACAAGGAGCGUGGAGAAGGGUUGUUGGAUUGGCUAUAUCGGCCGGGAUUAGUACUCCUGGAAUGUGUGCUAGUCUUUCUUACUUUGAUACAUAUAGGAGAGCAAGGCUUCCUGCUAACCUUGUUCAGGCUCAGAGGGACUUGUUUGGAGCUCAUACCUAUGAGCGUCUCGAUCGCCCCGGCGCGUUUCAUACCGAGUGGACGAAACUUGCACGUCAGAGUGGUGCCGGCAUUCUUAAUUGA